AUGUUCAUUAGACGGAACCUUGGUGUUGAUACAAAUGGUCUUGCUCCCGCUCUGAUUCGCGUGGACCAGCCACCGCGGGAAUUCAGUGUUGUAGGAUCGAUCGGUUGCUGCCGUAUGAUAAUUACCGUAAUUUUACCCGGUGAUACUGGUGAUACUCUCCUCAACGACGACGACGACGACAACGAGGACAACGAUGAGGACAGUGAGGAGGAGGAACUUGCACAAGGACUCGGAAUCAAGUCCUUCGCGUGUUUCGUUGAUAAACGGCUGCCACCUUCAGUCUUCUUCUUUGCUUUCCUCUACCUUAGCUCGCUGCUCGCUGCCACGGAAUCGCUGCCGCCGCAAGGCUAA